CGAUCACAAAGUUCACAAACACGCUGCAGACGAAAAGCUAUCUUCUUCUUCACUCACUCUCUCUCGGAGAAGAAUGCCCUAAAAACCCACCGCGAAAGAAGAAGAAGAUGGAUCGUAAGGGAAAGGGAAAACAAAUCGCCGGAAGUGGAUCGUCUUCCGCCGGAAAGAAACGGAAAGGAGGAGUCGAGUUUAGGGACGAAGGCUUGAGGAUCAACAGCAAACGAAAAAAACCAGGAGUUCUCCAGUUCUUCGAGGAAUCCGCCGAGGUCGGUUACUAUGGAGGUAGCUCCGACGAAGACUGCGACGUCAAUGAUCUCUUUAACGAUAUGGAAGAUGAACCUGAGCUGGAGACAAGUGGAAAGGAUGACAAGGCGGGAAAGGGCAGCUCUUCCUUUGUGUUUCCUAAAGAGGAGGAUAUGAAUGAGGAUGAUUUUGAUAGAAUGAUGGAAGAAAGAUACAAACCUGGCUCUGGGUUUGUUAGAUAUGCAGCUGAUGAUGUUAAAAGCUCCAUCGAGAUGGAUGCUCUUGUUCCUACGGCCCAUGAUCCUCCCAUUUGGAAAAUAAAGUGUGCGAUUGGACGGGAGAAGCAUUCAGUCUUCUGUCUCAUGCACAAGUUUGUGGAGCUGCGGAAGAUAGGCACUAAGCUACGGAUCUUGUCGGUGUUUUUUGUGGAGCAUAUCAAGGGGUUUAUCUUCAUAGAAGCUGACAAGGAGCAGGAUGUUCUUGAGGCAUGCCUGAGUUUAAACGGCAUUUAUGCCACUCGGAUGGUGCUACUUCCUAAAUCUGAAGCUCCACAUCUUCUUACUGUACAAAGAAAAACCAAAACCUUCUCUGAGGGAACAUGGGCUCGUAUUAAGAGUGGUAAAUACAAAGGAGAUCUUGCUCAGGUUGUGGCUGUGAGCGACACUCGGGGAAAAGCCCUGAUAAAGUUGAUUCCAAGGAUUGAUAUAGCGGCACUUACCCAAAAAUAUGGUGGAGGAGUUGCUGUCCAGAAAGGCCUGAACCCAGCUCCAAGAUUGAUCAGUUCAAGCGAGCUUGAGGAGUUCAGACCUAUCAUUCAAGUGAGGCGUGAUCGUGAUACUGGAAUGACUUUUGAGCACCUUGAUAGCCUGAUGCUGAAAGAUGGCUUCCUGUAUAAAAAAGUAUCCUUGGAUUCACUCACUUCCUGUGGGGUUAAACCAUCAAAGGAGGAGAUGCUAAAAUUUACUCCUUUAGAAGAGAAGGAAACUGGUGACGUGGAGUGGAUUUCCGAAAUUUAUGGUGAAGAAAAGAAGAAGAAAAGCAUUCCAACUGGCAAAGGGGGUGGGAAAGGAGAAGGAUCAGGGGGUGGGAAAGGAGAAGGGUCAGGGCUUGAAAAAGGAGAAGGAUCAUCAGAAUCCAAUUCAGAAAGUAGCCAUGAUUUAUAUAAUCUAGUUUGUUUCAGUCGGAAAGAUUUCGGUCUGAUAGUGGCAGUGGAUGACAAAGGCGACGGUUACAAGGUUCUGAAAGAAGGUUCUGAUGGACCCGUUGUAGUCAGUGUUGGAAAAAAGGAAUUGCAAGAGGGACCAUUCGAUUCAAAAUUUUCUGCCCUGGAUCUGAAUAACAAACAAGUUUCGAUCAGUGAUGUUGUGAAGAUUACCAAAGGCCCAUCUGAGGGUAAACAAGGAGUUGUAAGGCAAGUGUACAGAGGGAUCAUAUUUUUUUAUGUUGAGGGUGAGGAAGAAAAUGGAGGAUAUUUGUGUUGCAAAUCACAGUCGUGUGAGAAAGUUAAGCUUUUUACUGAAGAGUCCAAUGACAAGACUGGUGGAUUUGACGCUUCUGCUUUUGGAGAUUCUGCAUCCUCUCCGAAAUCUCCUCUAUCUCCUGAAAAAGAGUGGCAGCCACCCAAGGAGAAAUACAUUAACUCCAACCAAGGAGACAAAGGUAGCAUGUAUUCUAUAGGCCAAAAGCUGAGGAUACGUGUUGGUCCACUGAAGGGGUAUCUCUGCCGGGUAAUAGGGUUGCGUUAUUCUGAUAUCACAGUGAAGCUUGAUUCUCAGCAUAAAAUCUUCACAGUUAAAAGUGAGCAUCUUGCUGAGGUUCGGGACAGAAAUGCUGUGCCAAGUACGAGUGUGGAUGCUGGGAUGGGUUCCUUUAAACAAUUUGACAUGCUUGGAACAGAAGGCAACAAUGGAGACUGGGCAAAAGGAACAGGCACGUCAGAGGAUAACACUUCAACGUGGGGCAAUACAGCAGCUGAGAACAAACCUGACUCUUCUGGUGAUCAGUCCGGUGGUUGGAAUUCCUGGGGUAAACCAGCUGCUCCUGAAGCUAGCACCGUUGGUGCUUGGGGAGAUGCAAGUGCUCCAAAAGGUGAAGCUUCUUGGGGAAAAGAAGGAGCUUCAACUUCCAAUGUUGAAGAUUUAGGUUCUUGGGGAAAGCAUGGCGGAAGCUCUGAUGGUAAUAACAAAGAUGAUGACUCAACAUGGGGUAAACUAGUUGAAGAAUCGAGCCAGAAGAAAGAAGAAUCUUCUUGGGGAAAGAAAACGGGAUCUGAUUCUGAUUUGGGGAAAGGAAAUGGAGAAUCUACUUGGGGCAACAAAGAUGGAAAUUCCAGCGCAAGUAACAAAGAUGGAGUUUCCUGGGGGAAACAGGAUAAAGGCUCUGACGGGAACCAGGGAGGAUCUUCGUGGGGUAAGAAGGACGAUGGAGGAUCAUCGUGGGGUAAGAAGAACGACAGUAUUAAAGAUGACGGAGGGUCUUCUUGGGGUAAGAAGGAUGAUGGAGGCUCAACGUGGGGUAAGAAGGACGAAGGAGGAUCAUCGUGGGGUAAGAAGAAUGACGGUAUUAAAGAUGACGGAGGGUCUUCUUGGGGUAAGAAGGAUGAUGGAGGCUCAACGUGGGGUAAGAAGAACGACAGUAUUAAAGAUGACGGAGGGUCUUCUUGGGGUAAGAAGGAUGAUGGAGGCUCAACGUGGGGUAAGAAGGACGAAGGAGGAUCAUCGUGGGGUAAGAAGAAUGACGGUAUUAAAGAUGCCGGAGGGUCUUCUUGGGGUAAGAAGGAUGAUGGAGGCUCAACGUGGGGUAAGAAGGACGAUGGGGGAUCUGCAUGGGGUAACAAGGUUGAUGAAGUUAUUAAGGAUGAUGGAGGAUCGGCUUGGGGCCAAAAGGUUGACGCUACGAAGGAUGAUGGAGGGUCAUCUUGGGGUAAAAAGGUUGAUGAUAGUAGUAAGGAUGAUGGAGGAUCCUCUUGGGGCAAAAAAGUUGACGGUAAUAAUGAUGAUGGAGGGUCAUCUUGGGGUAAAAAGGAUGAUGGUGGAUCUUCUUGGGGCAAAAAGGAUGACGGUAAAAAGGUUGACAGUGGAUCUUCUUGGGGUAACAAGGUUGACAGUGGAUCUUCUUGGGGUAACAAGGAUGGUGGAUCUUCUUGGGCUAAAAAGGACGAUGGAGGGUACUCAGAACAAACAUUUGAUAGGGGAGGACGUGGGUUUGGUGGUAGAAGAGGUGGAGGUCGUCGCGGUGGUAGGGAUCAGUUUGGGAGGGGAAGAUCCUUUGGUCACUCGGAGGAUAACGCUCCAUGGAGUAAACCAGGUGGAGGAGGUUCAAGCUGGGGUAAAGAUAGUGAUGCUGGUGGUGGAUCUAGCUGGAGCAAGCAAAAUAAUGCUGGUGGUGGCAGUGGUUCAAGCUGGAAUAAAGCUAAUGAUUCUGGUGGUGGAUCUAGCUGGGGGAAGCAGAAUAAUUCUGGUGGUGGCGGUUCAACCUGGGGUCAAGAGAGUAAUGCUGGUAGUGGAUCCAGCUGGGGAAAGCAAGCCAGUGAUGGGGGAGGCUCUAGCUGGGGGAAGAAAAAUGAUGCUGGUAGUGGUGGUGGCGGUUCAACCUGGGGUCAAGACAAUAAUGCUGGUGGUGGAUCGAGCUGGGGAAAGCAAGGCAGUGACGGCGGAGGCUCUAGCUGGGGGAAGAAAAAUGAAGCUGGUGGUGGCGGUUCUUCAAGCUGGGGUCAAGACACUAGUGCUGGUGGUGGAUCUAGCUGGGGGAAGAAAAGUGAUGCUAGUGGUGGUUCAAGCUGGGGUCAACAGGGUGAUGGUGGUGGUUCUACUUGGGGUAAGCAGAACAACGAUGGUGGUGGGGGAACAAGUUGGUCCAAAGAAGGUGAUGGCGGUUCUAAACCGUGGGGAGAACAGAGUGGUGGUCGUGGGUUCGGUGGAAGAAGAGGAGGGGGAUUCCGAGGAGGUUUCCGCGGAGGUAGAUCAGGUAGAGAUGGAGGACGGUCGUUUGAAUCAUCUGGCUGGAAGAGAGACAAUCAAGAAAACACUACUUGGAAGAGCAACCAGAGUGGUGGUGGUGGUGGAUCAGACUGGAAAAAAUCAUGGGGAGAGGAUUCAAACACUGCAAAGCCAUCUGAUUCAUCAUCAGCUGGUGGAAACUGGGGUGGCUGGGAUACUAAUUCCAAGAAAGAAACCAAUGCUGGUGGUGGCUGGGGUACUGACUCCAAGAAAGAAACCAAUGCUGGUGGUGGCUGGGGUACAGACUCAAAGAAAGAAACCAAUGCUGGUGGUGGCUGGGGUACUGACUCAAAGAAAGAAACCAAUGCUGGUGAUGGUGACAAACCAAGCAAUGAAAACAAAGCAGCAGCUUGGGGAACCGCUAACGUUCAGGAGAAUACAGGAAACAGCAAUGAUGGUUGGAGCAAGAAGUCGAGUGAUGAUGUUAAAACGAGUGGAGAAGCUGAUGAUAAUGCAUGGGGAGGCAAAACAGAUGCAGGAACGUCGUCAUCAAGUGGCUCGGCGUGGGGAACCGGAGCUAAAAAAUCCGGAUGGUAAUAAAAAAAGGACCUGGAAGUGACUUUUGUAAGUAGGUCUCACUAUCUAUCUAUCUUAGUGUAAAGCCCAAGUUUAGUUGAAACGCGCGAAGUAUCUUUCCUUUUUUUAGUCUUUUGUGGGCUUUCUCAUGGUUUGAAAAAACUCUUUCGGUUUGUUUAUGGCCGUGUGACUAAAGGCCAUCAAUAACUGACUUUUGUGGCUCUUUUGACUUUUGCGACGUAUGGAAUUUUCAUUUUCAUCUC